AUGGCAAUUAAAGAAUCUAAUACUGACGUGCUCAUCAUCGGAGCUGGCCCAUCAGGUUUUAUGUGUGCAACAUGGUUGGCUAGAUGCGGUAUUCCUUUUAGAAUUAUUGACAAGAGAUCCACUGAAGUGUUUGCAGGACAAGCCGAUGGAUUACAAUGUAGAUCCUUGGAGAUAUUUAAGUCAUUUAGUGAAAAUUGUUUUGAUUUUGCUACCUUAGACCAGGGUUGGAAAGUUGCAAAUCACAUGAUUGAGAUGUGUUUUUGGUCCCCUAAUGAACAUGGUGAAUUGGUUAGAAAUUCAAGAGUUGCUGAUACCAUUCCAGGAAUUUCAAGAUAUACCCAAUCAGUUAUCCAUCAAGGUAAUAUCGAAAAAUGGUUUGAAGACUCCAUUGAUCAUUUCUCCUCUGGCACGGUUAAAGUUGAACGUCCAUUAUUGCCUGUAUCCCUCAAAAUCAAUGAACAAGAGGCAGAAAAUCCAGAAGCUUAUGCCGUUGAUAUCUUGAUUAAGAAAUUGGAUAAUAAUUCUGCUAGACCAGAACAGUAUGGUAAAGUUGCAAAUGGUCUUUUCCGUGCCUUUGAUGGAGAUCAAGAAAAGUUCUACAAGGAUGUCACCAAGGACAACGAAGAUGAUUAUGAACUUAUUCAUGCUAAAUAUGUUGUUGGGUCAGAUGGUGCACAUAGUUGGGUUCGUAAACAAUUAAACAUUGACAUGGACGGUGAACAAACUGAUUUUGUUUGGGGGGUAUUGGAUAUGGUUCCAAUUACUAAUUUCCCAGAUAUUAGAAGUCGUUGUGCUAUUCAUUCUAAAGAAAGUGGAUCAGUCAUGGUUAUUCCAAGAGAAAACGAUUUGGUUAGAUUCUACAUUCAAUUGAAAGAGGUUGAAAGAGAAGAAUCGUCUCCUGGAGACAAAGAAUUUAGUGGUACUGUUGAAGAAAGAAGAUCUUCCAAAGGUAGAAUUGAUCGUUCCAAAAUUACUCCUGAAUCAAUUCUUAAACAAGCUCAAGAAAUUUUCCACCCUUACAGUCUUGAAAUGACAGAUCUCCACUGGUACACUGGUUACCAAAUUGGUCAAAGAGUUAGUCCUAAAUUCAGCUCCCAUAAUAGGGUCUUUAUUUCGGGUGAUGCUUGUCACACUCAUUCACCAAAAGCUGGUCAAGGUAUGAAUGUAUCAAUGCAAGAUACUUACAAUUUGGGAUUCAAGUUGGCCUUGGUUUGUAAAGGUCUUUCCAAGCAAGAUAUUUUGUCAACUUAUGAAUCUGAACGUUUGAAAGUUGCUCGUGAUUUGAUUGCCUUUGAUCACAAGUUAUCGAGAUUGUUUAGUGGUAAACCAAUGAUUCCAAACUCAGACAUUAUGGAUGGAGUUGAUCUUGAUGAAUUCCACCAAGUCUAUCUUGAAGGUAACAAGUUUGCAUCUGGUACUAUUGUGGAUUAUGAAGACUCUUUGUUGAUUUCCAAAAAGAGUGGCACCAUCUCUUCACCUGAUGAAGAAGGAAGAGUAUACAACCCCUUGGCUUCCAAGGUUCCAAUUGGUAGAAGACUUUACAGUGACAAUAUCAUUGCUCAAGCUGAUGGUCGCCCUAUCCACAUGGCUGAUCGUACACCAAGUGAUGGUAGAUUUAGAGUUUUGAUUUUUGCUGGUGACAUCAAGAAAAAUCCAAAGAAUGUUGAGUUGUUGUAUGAUUUCCAAGACUUGAUUGACUCUCAAGAUUUCUUUGCAAAGAAGUUUACUCCAAUUAAUGCAUUUGCAAAUUCAGUUAUUGAUAUUGUUACUAUUCAUGCUUCCAACAGACAUGAUGUGGAAAUACUGGACUUCCCAGAGUUUACCCAUCCAUUGGAUUACAAGCGUCGUUGCGAUUACUGGAGAUUAUAUUCCGGUGUUGGUGAAACUUAUCAUGAAGGUGAUGUUGACAUUUACUCUACCUAUGGGAUUGACAAGAAAAAAGGUGUUAUUAUUGUUUUACGUCCAGACUCCCAUGUUGCUUUAGUCUCUGAACUCUCUGUUGCUGGUUUCAACGAAGUGAACGAUUAUUUCAAUGGAUUUAUGAUUCCACAAACCAAGAUCAAGUCACCACCAAAAGAUCCUCAAGCCGAUGACUCCAACAGAUUUGUUUUACCUAGAUUGGCUGUUUAG